AUGGAGUUGCUCAACAGCACAGGAGUGCAGGAAUUCAUUUUGGUGGGAUUUGGAGGUGGGCAGCAGAAGCGGUUCCUCCUGCUCCUCUUCUUCGCCAUUCUGUACGUGUUCACUUUAGCCGAGAACAUCUCCAUCAUCGCACUGGUGCGUUUGGAUACCCACUUGGCUCAACUGCCCAUGUAUAUCCUCCUGAGCAGCUUCUCCUGCCUGGAAAUCUGUUACGUGACCACAACUGUGCCCCGUAUGCUCUUCGACCUGGCAUCCCCUUACGGGAUCAUUUCCUUCCGUGACUGCUUCCUUCAGUUCUACAUUUUAUUCUCUCUAGGCAACACCGAAUGUUUGUUCCUCUCAGCCAUGGCUUUGGAUAGGUAUUUGGCCAUCUGCCACCCGCUGCGCUACCCACAGAUUAUGUCUAAAAAUGCCUCUUAUGCCCUGGUAGCGACCUGUUGGACUGUUGGAUUCCUGUGGUAUAUUUUCCCAGUCGUUUUGAUCUCCAGAAUGUCAUUCUGUGGGCCCAACAUCAUUGACCACUUCUUGUGUGAUGCUGGCCCAGUCCUAUCUCUGGCUUGCCCUCCGUUCGGAGUUGCUCCACUUAUCUGUCAGAUCUUUAUGAAUGCUGUGGUUUUAGGCAAUGUCUCCUUUGUUGUGCUAUCAUAUAGCAUUGUGAUUUUUACCCUCAUGAAAAUGUCAAACCAAGGCAGCCGUAGGAAGGCCUUCUCCACCAUAUCCUUCCACCUUGCAGUAGUGACUUUGUUCUACGGAUCUGUUACAGCCAUGUACUUAUCUCCAGAUGGAGAAAAUCAGUCAGAAGUCACUAAGGCAGUAACCAUUUUCUAUACCUCAAUUAUACCCUUUCUCAACCCCCUGAUCUACACUCUGAGAAAUGAUCAAGUGAAGGAGGCAUUUGGUAGGUUGCAGAGGAGAAAGGUGGGUCUGCUGAGGAGAACAGUGUGA